UUAAUCAUUCAUUUUUUAUGCAAAUGCCAAAAAGCCUAUUCAUGCUUAAAACUCCUUGAUGCUUUUCAAGAAAACAACAAUCCUUUUUCAUCAUCAUCAUCAUUACUUCUUAAAAUCAUAAAAAAAAAACCAUUAAAGCACUCAAAGAAAAACCACUUUUGCAAAAUUAAUCCUUUGAUUUUUCAAAAUGGGAGCUUGUUAUUCUUGUUCAUGGUUUCCUUCAUGUGGGUGUCGUUGUUGUUUUAAAUCCAAGAUUCCUGGUUCUUCUGAUCUGGAGAAUCAAGGUGGAGAGAGUGAUAAGCUAAAGUGGCCUUGUUUUAGAGAGUACAAGUUAGAUGAGCUUAAGAAUGCAACUGAUGGUUUUUCUGUUGAAAAUGUUGUGUCUGAACAUGGUGAAAAGGCCCCCAAUGUUGUGUAUAAAGGAAAGCUAGCUGAUGGUGAUCGUUUGAUCGCGGUUAAGCGGUUUAACAAGUCGGCUUGGCCCGAUACCCGUCAAUUCCUUGAUGAAGCAAAAACAGUUGGGCAACUUAGGAGCCAAAGGUUAGCAAAUCUGUUGGGAUGCUGCUGUGAAGGAGAAGAGAGAUUACUGGUGGCAGAAUUCAUGCCUAAUGAAACUUUAUCCAAGCACCUAUUUCAUUGGGAAAGCCAACCUCUGAAAUGGCCUAUGCGAUUACGAGUGGCAUUGUAUUUGGCACAAGCAUUAGAGUACUGCAGCAGCAAAGGGCGAUCCUUGUACCACGAUCUUAAUGCCUAUAGAAUACUAUUUGAUCAGGAUUGUAAUCCUAGGCUCUCAUGCUUUGGACUAAUGAAGAAUAGCCGAGACGGAAAAAGUUACAGUACAAACUUAGCUUUCACCCCUCCUGAAUAUAUGAAAACAGGUAGAGUAAUAGCAGAGAGCAUAAUCUACAGCUUUGGCACCAUACUGCUUGAUUUGCUAAGCGGAAAGCACAUUCCCCCUAGCCAUGCUCUAGACUUGAUACGUGAAAAGAAUUUUCAAAUGCUAACAGAUUCAUGUUUAGAGGGUCAUUUCUCUAAUGAUGAUGGAGCUGAGUUAGUGAAGAUAGCUUCACGCUGUUUGCAAUAUGAGCCUCGUGAAAGGCCCACUGCAAAAGCUGUUGUAGCAUCCCUCGCUGCUCUUCAGAAGCAAACAGAGGUGCCAUCCCUUGCCUUGAUGGCAAUUGAUCAUCUACCCCCAACUGAAGAUGCAAAAGAAACGGAUUCUUUAUCACCAUUCGCGGAAGCUUGCUCGAGAAUGGAUCUAACUGCCAUACAUGAGAUGCUAGAAAAGGCUGGAUACAAGGACGACGAGGGGGCUACAAAUGAGCUUUCCUUCCAAAUGUGGACAAGUCAAUUACAGGAUGCUUUGAACGGUAGGAAGCGUGGGGACACUGCUUUCCGAGCGAAGGACUUCAAUGGUGCUAUUGAAUCAUACACUAGUUACAUUGAAAAUGGAACUAUGGGUUCGGCAACUGUGUAUGCAAGACGCUGUUUGUGCUACUUGAUGAACAACAAAGCACAAGAAGCUCUGGGAGAUGCAAUGCAAGCUCAGGUGACCUCCCCAGAUUGGUCUACCGCACUUUAUCUGCAAGCUGCUGCACUGUUUACCCUAGGAAUGGAGAAUGAUGCUCGAGAAAUGCUUAAAGAUGGCUCGUUGAUGGAGGCCAAGUCGAAAAGAAACUAAAAAUAUGAUUUGUAUAUUUAUACUUUUGAUUUUAUCUUUUUGUAUGAUUGGUUUGUCCGGUAAAAGGAUUUUUAAAAUAUGUGUUCCUCACAGGCUGAUAAGUUUCUAUGUAAUGAGAACGUAUGUUUCUCAAAUUCGUAAGUGCCUUUUUAAAUUGGAUUACAUUUUUGGUAAAAUUUAAAAUAUCUUUUUAUUA